AUGAGCAUCCGCCAGCCAAAACCGCGGCAGAUUCGCCUCCCCUUCAACGUUCCCAAGCCCAGUAAGGGAGGGGUGGUGCCGGCGCGUGUCUGCGGCAUCUGCCGCGCGGCCGACAGCCGCUACACCUGUCCCCGAUGCAACGUACCGUACUGCUCCCUCGCGUGUUUCCGAGAUCCCGCCCACGCUCAGUGCUCGGAGCCGUUUUACCGGGACACAGUCAAGGCUGCGAUAGCUGAAGACCCUGGCGCGCAAGCUGAGGAGAGGCGGGCGAUGCUCGACAUGCUGCGCCGGUUCGAGGAGAGCGCCGCGGAGGGCGAGGAUGUCCUUGCGUCCCUGGAGGUGGAGGAUGAAGACGAAGAUGACCUCGUGGCCGCGCUCGAGGGUGUCGACCUCGGUGAGCUGAGCGUGAGAUGCGCUGACGCAGACACUGUUGACUCGAACGAGCUGCUGCGGCGGCUGCCGCAGGCACAUCGCAACGCCUUUCUGGAGGCUCUUCGACAUCCAGAGGGCGCGGCCGCGCGAGCCCUCCUUGAGUCUGCCGUUGAGGCCGGUGAGGUGGAAGGCAAGGGCGGGGAGGAAGGAGAUGAAGAGCGCCAAGCACCCUCCGUCCUGCCAUGGUGGGAGGCCGGUCCGGGUGUGGACCAGUGCGCAGCCGAACCACCAGAGAUUCCUUCUGAUGUGGUGGGAAUCAUCAGCCCGCUGCCCGGUGUCGGAACCAAGCUCGUCUAUAAUAUCGUUGCACUCUGCAUGGCAUACGUGCACACUCUCCUGAGCUUCCGGUUGCCAAGUCUUGCACCCGAGUACCUCGAAGGGGAGGUGGAGUCAGUGCGGGCCGAGCUCGCUCGUCUCCUUCCCUUCCUCGCCGAACGGAGCACGGUGCGAUACGAUAACGCACGCGCCGCUUGGGGUGCAGUAUGGGAGGCGAUGGGCGAGGGAGAAGUAUGCACGCUCGCGUUCCUUCUGGACACGACUGCCACCCUCCUCCAUCCCCCGAUCACGACGGACCCGCCGCGAGCAGCCCGCGUGCUUGCCGACUGCUGGCGGACGAGCCGGGGUGGCGUUGCACGAAAGCUUGCUUUCUACGCGGCGGCGAGCAGGCAGCUUGGCCGCGGCGAGUGGCUACACAUCGAGGCCGAAGUGCGGGCGGAGGCUGCGCGCCUCCGCGCCGAAAUGCCUGACGACGAAGAGACACCGACGGCGUCGACUCGAUUAGAGUAG